AUGACGGAAUCGACACGCCGCUCUUCUCGCCGCCGCGAGAAAACUGUGUACAGCGUCGGAGAUCUUGUCGAGGUGACCCGCGACGAGUCAAUUGCUACGGGUAGACUUGCAUCGAAACAGACCGACACUGCUAAACCCCGUUGGCUUGUAAAGUUUGACGAAUCUUCAUGGCCAAGCAUGGAGCUAUUGGAGACUGAACUUGGGCCUAUUCUUGAUAGAAGCGACGACAACGCGUCUCAAAAAGAAAAGCAAGUAAGGCAAAAAUCAUCGUACGAGUUAGGAACCACUUUGGGUGGGCGCGGCUCCCCAAGUAAGCGAUCUUCCUCGCCGAUGGUAUCAGGCAAGAGCGAAAACGGAAAGGCGUCCCCGAUAUCUACGAACAGUUCAGAUUCCAAGAAGAAAGUAGAGUUCAUCGCUCUUCAGGAAGAGUCUGACAUGUCUGGGUCCAAGCAGAGACCCGGUUCUUUAUCCAGGGAGGAGCGAAGCAAACGUCGUCAGGCCAUGAUUGAGCAGGACAAACUGAAUUGGUCGAAGCCAGUUAUGUCGCGACCCCCGAAAAAGAAAAAGGCGCAGCGCGAUGAAGAAGUUGUUCGGGUACCAAUGCUUACGGGUACACUUUUGCUAUAUCGCGGUGCUCAUCGCCGGGCCGAAUUUGUGCUUACAGAUAGUGAUAUCAACCCACCUGCGAGGCGAGUCGCUUUCACCAGUUUUGGCGAAAAUAGCGGCGGAGUGGCAGUGAUUGUGCCGUCUGUUUUAAAUUUCGCCCACAUGAAUCUACAGAACAAGGACGAACACGGAGACUGGGUGGCAUUCCGUGACACGCCAGCUUCUUUCGAAGCCAGGAGUUUAAAGGAAAAGAGAAGUGUACUCAAUGUUGCUUCCAAAAAUAUCUCGCGCAGAAACUCCGGUACAGGUUCUUGGAUGGGAAAACCCAUAAAUGCUGAUGCAUCGUGGGUCCCGGUGGCCUCCCCAGCACCAGGAACGUAUUCGCCUCGUCCGUCCGGUCCACAAGGUUCUCGCAUAUUGCUUAGAGAGUUCGUGGGGAAUCGCAAGAAAGAGCGGUCUGAUAUUUUGACCCCAUCUCAACCAUUUAUGUGUCGAAGCAGCGCAACACAGUCAUCCAGCUUACAAGCUUGCAAGAGUGACAUCUUGUCAGGAAAGAAACUCAAGAAAGGUAGAUCGGGCUCGUCCCCAGUGCCUCGUAUUGUAAUCCCUCUGAAGCCGGACCCUUCGAUACUUCGUACCCGUACACGUAGUACCACAGGGACCGACAGUGGUUCCAUCACCUUCAGCAAGAGACGGGACCCUAAGAUCGGACGAGAUAUCAGCUUUGGAACGGUGCAUUUAUCUGACUCAUCAUCGGUAUCAAUCAGAAGUGAAAAGAGUGGACUGUUCGAGAAAGUUUUUGGCUUCCCAGGCGGACAAGCUUUGCAGAAACCUCAAGUAAAGCACUCCAUUUCGACACGACCCCGUAUUCUUCUAGCUGCAACAGUGUACCACAAUACAGCGACUGGUCUAUGGAUCACAACAAUCAAUACAAAUCAACGAGGAGUAUCAAAAAAUCCUGCACAAGCGAAUAAAUUUCUAAAAGCAUUCUCGUUUCCUACAGAAAAGGAAGCUCGAGAGUCAGCUAUCGCAAACGCCCCACCGAAAAUGGUCUCCUUUCAAGAGUCAGCUAAAUGCUUCCAUUGCAGGAAACUUUUCGCAGUUUUCAAGCGCGCCUGUCAUUGUCGAAACUGCGGUGUGUGUAUUUGUGCCAGCUGCUCAAUAUCUUGGCCUGCUAAGAUGCUUCCAGAAACAUACAACCUGAAAAAUGAAGCUUCCUUGAAAGUUUGUACAAGUUGUGAUACUCUUAGUUCUCUCUUCAAAAAAGCGCUCUUGGAAGCGAAAUAUGAAGAAGCGAUAGCAAUAUAUGAGACUGGUAACGUCAACCUGCGUACUCCUUUUCCUCCUGCUAACAAAAAGGAUGAAGUUCUUUAUCCCAUCCAUGCUGCUAUUGAGGGCGGCAACCUUAAGCUUGCGCGUUGGCUUGUCGAAGACCGCUUCUGCCCUCUAAAGCAAAUCAGAGCCGGGCGAUCGAAGUCAGAUAAAAACGCACUUAUUCAGACGUCGAAAGGGCGAACUGUCUUGAGUAUUGCUAUGGAGUUCCUUCGCAUCGGUAUUCUACGAUUUUUGGUUGUUGAAAGAGGAAUUUCCGUAUUCGAAGCUACGGAUACAAGAAGCGCCCUUCGGACUAUUGAGGCGGCCUUGGUUGCUCUGCCCUGCUCUUCAGAAGGAGAUGGAAUUCGAGAAGACGGGGCUUCCAUAGCGCGGUGGGACCAAGCCUACUUCGACGAUAUGUCGGAACCGAGUAGCCUCGGAGACGAUGAUAAUGUCACAAUUGUAAGCCGAUCGGUUCGAACAAGAACGAACACGGGCGACUGUUGCAUAAUUUGCAUGGAUCACAAAAUUAAUUGUGUUGCGACUCCCUGCGGACAUCAGUGCGAGCCUUUCGGCAUGCCCAGUUUGCAAUAA